AAAUCAAAAUAAAGGUGGCGCUGCAGGUGCUCGCGGAAGUUUUGGAUUCAGGAACUCCUUCCAGCGUAAUAGCGUAGGAUGCGAAGUGGACGUUGCUCAAGGCAGAGGAAUCGCUCAAAGAAGAAAUUUAGUGUUUCACAUGCUAGCAGACAAGAAUAUGUACAACUGAAAAAAUGGAUGAAUAGUCUUGACAAUAAGUGUAACAUUGACUUAGAACCAUGUGAAUUUAUAGAAACUGGGCGAGGACUACGGACAAACAAGGCAAUUCAUAAAGGGGAGAUAAUUGUGUCAAUCCCAGAAUGUGCACUUAUUACACCUGACACGGUGUUCACAAGUGAUAUUGGACAAGUACUUAAGGAGUGUGUUCCACCCUUGACCCCUCAGAGAGUCCUGUCCGUGUUCCUGGUGUGGGAGGUGGAGAAAGGCGCCACCUCAUUCUGGUACCCCUACAUCCAGACGUUGCCACCCACGUUUAGCACACCAUUGUACUUCACAAGACAAGAGUUGGCAAGGCUUCCACCAAAUGUCUAUCUGAAAUCCAACACUGAACAGACAAGAGUUCAAGAUAUUUUUGAAAAUAUCAGGACUUUCCUGAGAAAACACUGUUCUGAUUAUGACAUUUUUACAUAUGAAAAAUUCCGCUGGGCGUGGUGUGUCGUGAAUACCCGAUCUGUGUAUGUGAAGACGCUGGAGUCGCCAUACCUAUCAAAGACAGACAGGGAAACAAAUGUGGCACUAGCUCCCUACCUUGACCUGCUAAAUCAUUCUGCAGAAGCCAAGAUUGAGGCCAGGUUGAAUGGGGAAAGCGGUCGAUACGAGAUUGUCACCGGUGAUAGCUACCAGAAAUAUGACCAGGUUUUUAUCCACUACAACCCUCACAGUAACGAUGAGCUCUUUAUAGAAUAUGGAUUUACGCUGCCAGCCAACCCCUUCAACGUCUACGAAUUCACUGCAGAUGACCUGGAAAUCCUGAGGUCUUCUGUGAGCAACUGGGACAGAAAGAUGGAUAUCAUCGCAGACAUGAAACUAAAAAAUGACCUGACCUGCAGCAUAGACGAGAUGUCCUGGAAUCUCCACACACUGCUCAGAAUAACUGCCAUGAGCUGUGAGGAGCUUCAGAGAUGGAGUGCUGUAUAUAUGGGAGAAGUAUCUCAAGAAAAUGAAGUCAAAACCCGCAACUUUGCCAAGGUUCUUAUCAAAAUGGCUUUGGUCAAGAAUCAGAAGUACUUGGUGAGUGAAAGGGAUACACUGUCAGAACAUGAAGCUUUGGCCUUGACCUUGGUCCAGGACAAGCAACACAUUCUGGAGCAGAUGCUUAAUGGCCUCCUGAAUUGAACAACCACAGUUUGUCCCAACUUUGAAACUGAUACUGAUAGGAAAAAGCUUAUUCAUAACAUUUUUACACAAAACCAAAGAUAUAUUCAAAAUGAAUAUGCUUUUUAAUAAUCAUAAGCUAGGAACAAUAAGGAGACUAUCUAUUUUCUGUAGGAUUAUUAUGUCUGCCUUUAGAAAGUAAGUGUGUUUAUUUGAUGUUAGUAUCUUAUAAUCUUUACUGUUUAACUUGUACCUCACCUUUCCUUUCUUUCUCCGGUUUGAUUUAAUGUGUGUUACAAACCAAAGUUCAACAUUACUGUUUAUACUGUAUAUACCAUGUACAUACAAUAUUGUAUAUAUGCUGUGCCUCUUAUGCUGCCGUUUGCAGCCUGAGUGCAGUUCAGUUCAGUCUGCGAAAUUCACAAUUGUCACAGGCUGGUCGUAGUUGCUCUCAGAACCAUCCUCAGAAUGGAAGAAUCCCCAACCUUGUAUUUAAAGUUUUAAGUUGUGUAGUAGAUUUAGCGAGCUGAGCUCUGAACAAAUUACUCCAGUUAUUUCUUUGGUUCAAAUCCAGAAUGUUGGAAGUUGAUUUAAUCGACAAGUGUUGUACUUCAUCCAUUCCCUACACACCCGUGAAGACCCAGGUUACAACAGGUCUUCAGCAACCCAUGCUUGUCGUAACAGGCGACUAUGCUUGUCGUAACAGGCGACUAACGGGAUCGGAUGGUCAGUCUCACUGACUUUGUUGAUGCAUGUCAUCAUAUCCCAAUUGUGGAGAUUGAUGCUCAUGAUAUAAUUCUCUGGUCCAGACUCGAUUAUUUACAGACUGCUGGAAUAUUGCUGAGUGCGGUGUUUAACAACACACAGACAAACAUUCCAUACACUGCACAGCUUCCCUCAGUCACACAGCCAUCAUUCUAUCCUUUGGUUCUUAGAGCUGUGAGUGUUUAGGGUUUAAUAAGCUUGUUCUCUGUAUAUGUGUAUAUGGCCGCUUCUUUGAAUAAAAUAUUUUAUUACCAAA